UUGCAGAUUUCUUUAGAAACACUUAUUUUGUCACAUAUUUCGUUUACAUUUGAUGUAUUUACAUACAUCAAAUGCGGGUUGGCGACUAGCGCGACGUGUGGCGGCAUUAAAAGUGCUGAGACAGAACACACCGGAACAACGCAUGCGCUGAACACGAACUACUACAAGCAAGAGACACUCAAGACACAACCUUUUUAGUCACUCACUCGCCACCACAGCAAGAGAGAAGAUAACCACCGCCUGACUAUGGAACCCGACCAACCUCUGGACCUCAUGACAACCUCGAAUGGAUUACGGGAGGCUGCAUCACCGCUGACACACACCAGGCAGCUCCUACAACAGCCUGAGUGUAGCAGUAGAGUUCCUAAAUGCGCACGGUGUAGAAAUCACAAUCGACACACGCCGCUAAGAGGACACAAACGCUACUGCCCCUUCAGGAGAUGCGAGUGUCCGAGAUGCCAGCUAACAGUGGACCGUCAGAAGAUAAUGGCCAGACAAGUGGCUCUCAGACGUGCACAGGAGCAAGACGAGGCACGGAGAGUCCUGCAGGAUACGCUUCCGUUAGAAUCCUCCUCAGUGACGCAGGAUUUUGAUUUAGAAGGAUAUAGGAGUGAAGAAUCCGUGUCUCCUAGUUUUUCUACUGUCUCAACCACCAGCCCGCCGCCGCCGAUGCUUCUGUCUCCUCUCCAGCGCCCACUACCGGAGUACUCACGCCAGGACCUCGCAUCCUUACCCUUCCCAGCCUCCCAUAGUGCCUCACACACCACCACCACCGCCACCGCCGCCACUUCGCCUUUAUCUCGUCUCGCGGCCAAGAGCUCUCAGCCUGACGCCACCCGCUGCGCUGCCUGUGGUCUAGCCGUGUCAGAAUUUGAGUUUUUGCACCACCGUUGUGAUUCUUGA